AUGAAGAGAGCCAAGGAGCUGCCACUGCUCGAAAGCAGCGACGACUCGGACAGGGAGCACGAACAAGCAAGAGCAAGAAGGAGAAUAGUGGCGGAAUUGGAAGCGAAUAGUACGCCGGAAUGGCUAAAAGACGACGAUCAGCCGUUGCUACCGGCAGCGUUGGAGUCGGGUCCAAUCACGAAGGAGGACGUGCCUUCAAAGCAAACGAACGCGGCGUCGCCGACAGUUGAUCCUCCACCGUUGGAGUUAGAAGAGCCCGCAGUCAAAAGCGGCGCACAGGCGCGAGUCGUCUCGUUAGACUCAGCCAAUGCGUCAAGUUCGAACGCGUCAGAUUCCGACGUGUUGAGUGUGGUGGAAGUAGUGGAUCAGCGAUUCGUCAAGUGGAUGGCCAAGAUCAGGGAUGCGGCGAUGCUGCUAAGGCAGCACCACAGUGAAGUCACGACGCCAAUGAAGAUGGGAUACGACAGAUCAGCCAAGGCCAAGGCGGCAGAAGUGGCUUUACGGAACGAGACCGCAGCCGCUUUCGCAAUCGACAACAAGCUUAAGUCCUUUAACAAUAGAACAUCUAGUGACGAAACUGCUGAUUCCAUCCUACAGAUUCUUCCCCACAUAGGCACGCAGAUGGAGUGCAGAGCCGCGCGAUUGAUUUUGGGGCCAAAACAUGUGGUUGCGGGCUCACACGAAGCGACGUUAGGAGCAGCAGUGGCUGAUGCGGAAUUUUGGGCGGAGUCAGACGUCAAGUCAGGUGCGGCAUCUAGUAGUACGAACGUGGCCAAGAUCUCGGACAAGCUGACAAAGCCUAUUCCGUCGUGUAUUGAGGAAGCGGUGGGUAGUGCGAAGGCGGUGGCAUUGAAAAAGAGGAUAGAUAGCCUUAAGGAAGCGUCUAUCAAGAGCACAACGGCCGCGGGCUACGCUAGCAUACUGAAGACUGCGUGCCAGUUGGCUGGCAACGUCACGAUGUUGUUUCCCAUAACUUCAUCGGAAGUUUACGAGGCAUUCAUCACCGUGGUCUACGACUCGUGUCUAGAGCAGCGGAAGUAUGUAGUGGAGGAGAAAGGCCCGCACAGAGGCAAAGUGCGGUGGAGCUUUAUGAACAGGGUCUUUGCGGCAGUCGGUUACCACCAUGAGGCGCACUGUCCGCAAAUUGACUUCGCGGCAAUUGCCAGGGCGCAGACCACAAUACGACUGCGCGAAGCGUUGAAGAAAGCUUGCUUCCACGGGGUCACCGAGAAGAAGAAUUUGUUGAACUAUGCGCAAUUCAUUCAUCUCAGCAAGUUUCUGCUCUCCAAGGUUGAGAAAUGCUUCAGAUUGAACGCGAACAAAUCUGAUUACUUCUUCGUAGGAAUGCAGCAAGCGUUGACCCGGCCGGCCCUGGUUCGCCUUCGCCGGCUGGAAGUCCCCCGGAUUUCCCCAGGAAAUCUGUAAGACUGACAACCCUCGACCCCCCCCAAGCACAAGGCGAACACCCGCACGCCCCGCCUUCCUCCGAGUGUAGUGGUGUGCUCAGUCAGGACCUGCGCCGCGCGUGUCCGUGGGCUUGUCGCUCGCAUGGCCCCCGGUCGUGUCGUGGGCAAGUGGUCAAAGACUGAGCGGAGAAGAGGCCACCACUCGAUCGCGAUGUCCUCUUUUGUGUCUCCCUCAGUCCUGUGUUCCCGCCAGCCUCCUCGGAGGUGGCUUUGUGUUCCCCGGCACCUGCCGAUCUCUGUGCCUCGUGAGAGUGAAAUCACCAUCAGGAGAGAAAUCGCCAGGCCAGAGAGAACUUACCACGCCACCGCCUGCUUUUCGCUCUGUCUUACGCUCGUCUUCCCUCGUGCACAAGCUGCGCAGGCGUUCCACACACAGAGAAAAGACGCCUAUCGCACUUUCCAUAUUUCUUGACGCGUCACCUUCGACCUUCUGCUCGCAAUCCACCGAGCGCACCAACUGCGUGCGCGCCUCCGCCGAGCCAUCGGAGGUCUCUCUAUCCCUCUGCCACAAGAGUGACAACAGAUGCCUUCGCCUUCGCUCAUCCCGAUUUCUCACAUCUCUCGCACACUUCUGCAGCGCCUCAACUUACAGGAAGGGCAUGGGCUCCCCUGGCUGCUCCAUAUUGGCCCGGUGGUGCCAGUUCUCCGCUUUUGCUUUCACUUGCUGCUCUUUCACUCAGAUGGCGACGCGUUUCUUGUUGUCUGUGCGUCCUGACUAUACUUGGUUUACCAAGUAGAAACGUCCAUCAUCAUGUUGUUGAUUUUUUCAUACUGUUCCGCCACUGCAUUCCUGCAGGACGGAUUUCCGUGUGUCUUGCAUCUGUCACGCUCGUGAAAUAUGUAGAAAUCGCACGAGAUCAAAGAUGAAGACGAAUAUGUAGCUCGUGAAUGAUAUGACUUAGCCGCGCACUGCGGUGAAUUUCUGGCUAGUUGUCUAUCUCUCAAGAGCAAAAAGAAUGAAAAUUUGACAUCUUUCAACUAUAUGAAGAUCAAUCUCUACAGAAAUAUAUAAGUAUAUCAAUGCGAGUCGCUCAUCUCUCUGUGAUUAUAAUUAAAUGAUAGUUUAUGAGUAGAAAGAAGGUGGGAAGAUGUGAAGCUGUUCAUUUGCCAAGCAAGAAAUAACUAAAACAACCGAAACAAGUGAUGAAGUCAAUGCAUUGAAGAUCCAUGAGGUUGCUAACAUCUGGCAGCCAACACCUGAAGAACAUGACUCUGAUAUAAUAAAUUUUUAUCAAUAAUAUUCAUGUAGAGGGUUUUGCAAUCUUCUAGAUAUUUCAAAUAUAAAUAUUUUAUUUCUUUUCACAUGUAGGUCUUGUUUUCUCUCACUCGUUAUGUGUCAUGUGUGCCAGCUCGUUCCGCUCGCCGCUUUUUCCGUCAUUUUGCUCCUGACCUACUGGCCCAGGUCGAUGUUGACGGAUGCCAUCUGUAGCGGCUGCUGUGGUCCAUUCGCUGCAUUGUUCGCAGGGUUGUUUCCGUUCGGGAACGCUCGUUUGAUACUGGCAUAGAUAGCGUUUCUCGGGCAGGGGCAAAGGAAGUCCCAGGUCUCGUCCAGAUCGUUGAAAGCUGCAAUAGCACUGUUGUAGUCAUCUGAAGAGAAGGGUGUGGAAAAUUGGUGAGACCUAUACAAGAUGAGAAAAUAGAAGGAGUGAGGUCUGUUCUUGGACAAAACUUCUGACCAAUCUAAAAAAUUGCAAAUCUCUCGGAGGAUCCACCUAGAACCGACGCGGUAAAGAUUUUGAGGCUCAAAAUGAGAGAAAUAACAGUUUCUAUCUUCACUCCUGAAACAAUGGAACCGAAGGACAAACAGGAGAAAAUACUUGCUGCCAAAGCUGCUGCAACUUGCUCUUUCACCGUGCGAACAUCAUGCUCACGGUAAGCCUUCAGGAACUCCUGAUACGGCGGGAGCAGCUCGGGGAACGCUCCCAUCGACACCUCGAGGGUCUGCUCGUGCAACACCAGGAACGCCUUGCUCUCCUCUUCCUCAUCCAUUGUCUCCAGGAAAACCGUGGUCAAUUUGCGGACACCAGAUAGGAGAGGUUUGAUGGGGUCAGACUCUUUCACUCCAUCAUGCCAGAUGGCGUCGCAGCUUUCGGUGAUGGCGGUCUCGGUGUCCUGCGGAUUGUUCGGAUCGUAGUCCGCGAAGGCGGCGGACAUGGCAAGCAACUUCUCCUUGAUCUUCUCGAUCCCAGCAGAAACACGCGCUUCGUCAAGCUCGACGAUCUUGGUGCGGAACGUAUUAGGCAGGCCUUCGGUGAUUGCGCCUGGCAUCUUGUGGUACGGGCGCUGCCCAUCAACGCGCACACGGUUGCACAAACCCUGCAACGAUGCGAAAGCCGGAUGUGGUUUCGCUGCCUGGACGGUAAACUCGGUACGGAUUAAGCCCAGCUUAGUUACAACGCGCGGAUCCAUCUGUUUGGGUGUGAUAGGGUGAUAUAAGUAAUAUGUUAUAGGUGCAAGCGUCAGCUUUAAGCUGAAAAAUUGUCAUGAUCUUCCUCUCUCGAAGUCUCAACUCUUCUUAUUCAUCUCUCACCCAUCUGAAAUCAAUCCAAAUCACAAAAAAAUACCAGGUGCUUUGCCUCGACCUCGUUGUUCAUGCCGAAGAGGUGACUGACGCAGAUCUCCAGCAGGAGCAUCUCGCCACUUUCUGCCUGAUCCAUCGCGGACUCGAACUGGAUGUCUGUGACUUGACCACGGUCGGCGCCAUUGGUGGACAAGAAGGAGAUGCACGCGAGUUGCACCGUUUCAAUGCGUUCAGAAGUGGCCGCGACUUGGACGGCCUGCAGUAGAAGAAAAGGAGAUGAGGAAAGGAUGAAGCGAUGGGGUUGAAAUAGACCUACACCUUAGUAGGCGAUGAUGAAUGGAGUGCAUAUUUAUAUUUCAAAUGAAUCUACGAAAGGAGGUCAGACAUCAGACAAACCAGAACGAAAAGGCUCCGGAUCAUCUAACAAGGAGAGGAAUUACCGUCCAAAUUCCGUGCCAGAAGACCCACUGAGGGCACUUCUUCUUCUCUGGGCCGUUGAUCAACGGCAGCAGCUGGUUGUACAGGACCUCAACGCGGCGACGCCAAAUCGCUUGCUGCAUGAGAUCACAAUUCGCAGCCAGUUGCUUCAAGUAGCUGCUUGCCUGUAGACAAUAAGCUCUCCCUUUUCCUUGAUUCCACGUAUUCAUGACCGCCAAAGUCUUGUACUUCGCGUCACGCUCACCUUUGCGUGCUUUCGCUGCGCCUUCCACAUACGUGUGGGCCGCCGCCACUUCGCAUAGCGCCUUAGCGUUGGCAUCGGGGAGAAGAGGCAUCAUGUGGUUCAGACCAGCAAGCGCACGGCACGCAUUCUGCUCGUCCGAGAUGGCAGAAUAACGGUCGAUCAAGUGGGUCUGGUGUGUGGGUGGUGAUGAUCUUUGAAACCCUUAUACCAGUGGGUGAAGAGUUCACUUGUGCCCUAAAAUCAACCAAAAUGACUACGGUCAAAAAUAAAAUCUAAAUAGCAAGCCACAACGAGAUCAGUUCAAAAAUGCUAGAACUUAGCAACUUUUAAAAACUUGCCAUCGCCUGGAGUUCAACCAAAAGAAUCAGUACCAUCAGAGAGUUCGUCUGCUCAUUGCUCACACCCACGAAGGAGCCGUCAUGCAACAGGACCAGCUUAGCCGAGAUUUUGUCGGCGCGGGUCAAAAUGCCAACGUCUCUGAUCACUCCUGGCACACGCUUGAGGGCCCUCGCAAUGGCACGCUCAUGCUCAAGCGACAGCUGAGUAUCGAUAAGAUCCAUAUCCAUCUCAGCCAGCUUCUCCACCCGAGCCCUGAUACGGGUCUUCACAUUUCCCUGGUCACGGCAUAGGGUUUUCGUGUUUGCGAUCAUGCUGGCCGUAUUCUGGAAAUUGUGAGAUUUAGAAAGUCGGGGGAUAAUUUUAGAGGGGUUGAAAUAAGUUGAUGAGAGAUUUUUUUUUGAUGUUUGACUUAAAUAACAGCUUAAGACUUUGCUGCGAGAGUCUUAGGAUUUCAGAGCGGUGAACCAUGAGGAUCCUACUGGGCUACCCCCACGCUUUAUGAUCAGUCUUAUUCUGAAUCAGUACUAGGCUAAGUACGAAAAUCUAAGCACCUGACUAUCUAGUACCGGUAGCCCUGAACGCGUGCGAAUCUCCUCGGCUGUGGAGUCUGUAUCGUGACGCACCAGGCGCUUACCACCACGCCCAUAAGGGCCGUUAUUAGCUGCAUUCCAAGGCAUUUUCGCCGCAAUUUUAUGAGAGUGAGAGCCUAGCAAGUUGUUGUGAGAGGGGCAGCACUUCUUCUGUUAUUAUUUGCGACUCUUUUAACAGUUUUGUUGUCUUAUCCCAGUGUGGUAACUAACUCAUAUAGGCCGCUCUGCUAUAACAAAAUCAAUGAGUUGGUUGUAGUUGUAUUUGAUCUUGUAGUUGUUCGAGCGCUUUCUUUAGUGGUGGUUGUUGGCACAGAUCCGCUUACUCCAACGUCGCCAUGUAUUUUCUAGUCCUGUUUACUGUAUAACAAACCACUUGUAGUAGGGCCUCUUGUUUUUGACAUGUACAGGCUUGCAGAGUAAGCCGCGCAUGUACUCAAAUGGGCUACAAUUGUGGAUGAUAUAGGAGAUGGCUUGGAUUCUCAGACGAAUAGACUCGCGCUCAUGACCAAAGAAUCGGAGCAGGAUCUUCAUCGUAGGUCUAUCUAAACAAAUACUAACCCACAUCCUGAUCCAGGUAGAAGGAGAUCCAACAAGGAGACCGAUGGGGCUUUCUGUGCCGAGAAGUGCGUCAGCAAGUAGAAACGGAGAUGAGGACGAAGACUACGGAUCCUUCUAGCGCCUUUUCUCUCAGCUUGUGCUCGUGCUUGACGUUUCUCUUCUCGCCAAGCGUGUCAGACCAGUCUAUUUGGUUUCAGUCAUUUCCCAGGGCAUAGCCUGGCCCCAGACUCCAAAGUGGUCUCAUCAUUUUCCACACCGGGAAGAAGAUCUGAGCCCCUUACUUCUAACAUCGUCCUGCUUCUGAAGCGUCACUAUCUGUAUCAGCAGAAGCCUAACGCGUUGAGAUUUUUAAACCAGGAGGCUAUCUCCAACGCUGCGCCAGAAGUCCAUUAAUCCUAAGGAGAUUCGAGCGCAGUUCUGACUACUUGCGCCCGCUAUAUAGUAACCACAUGAAACGGACAAUACACAAGAAGAUGAUUGAAUAAGUCGACUAAUUUCGUUCAUAUUUAAUGCUCUUUCGUUUGUCCAUAGUCUAGAAGUGCUGCCCAUCACGUAUUUGUCUUAGUUGUAUCGCUAAUUUCCAUACAUAAAAUUAAGCGUUUUAGUGGAGUGGGAGUGAGGGCAACCAGGGUAAGAGACCGCCUGUCACUUCUGGGCCAAUAGUCCGGGAUCAUUUGGCCCAAGAACAGUCCGCCUGCCGCCGGGUUUCCUGCCUGCAGAUGAGCCUGAGCCCCUGGCCCACGAGGCCCAAGUCAUGCUGAUAAGGGCCUCGAGAGCGUUUGCGUGGCUCGCAGGGCUCAUUCUCUUGCCCUUUGCCCGUGCCUCCGUUCGAAUGCGCUGGAAGUCUGCUGGAAGUCCGUCAGAUUCCAGACUGGCACCCCAGACUGCAUCUCGGGAAAGUGUUUGGAGCCUCCUCAGAAGCUCUUCUGGAAGACCCUGGCCAGACUUCCUGGAAGUCUCCUGGAAGUCUCAUGGAAGUCUCUGGACCCCUCUUCUGGAAGUCUGUGGAAGUCUCAUCUGAGCGGCCAUUUGUAGUCGUGGAAGGGUCCCGGCUACAGAAAUUGGCGUGAGACUUCCAGGAGACUUCCAGACAGGGGUCAGCCAAAACGAUCCCAGACUUCCAGAAGACUUCCAGGUGUCUUCCACAGGGUCUUUUGAGCGAAAGCACCGGAAACGCAGCCAGAGAUCCACCACCGCCUAGCCCAGUGGGAAGCCGAUGCCGAAGCGCGCCAGAAUGAGAAAAUGGCCAGGGUCUUAUAAUAGCAAGAAAUACAAGGGCGAAAAAUAUAAGGAAUUCCAUCGGUUUAAUCAACUCCGAGAUUGUAACUUUAUUAACAUUCAGCCAACUAGUAAUCUGUCCUCGUAUCUUGUAACUUCGUCAAGUAAAUAAUUCUUCUGAGGUUCACUGAACUACUUCGCAACACAUAUAAUCAUCGCCCUUUCAUAAGCUCGCUGCGCAACAAUAUCAGCUCCAAAGUCCAUGAAGCCGCUCUUCAAUCACAGCACGAAAUCAUCACCAAAAUCGCCUCCAUCGUCAGCUUUAUUUGUGCUGCUUGCUGCGCCGCCUGUUUUGCCACGCAUCUUGCGUAUGAUCCUAUUGCAAUCCUCCUCCAGCUCAGACGCAUCUGUUGCGGGAAAGUCGUGCCAUUCUUGACCACCAAAAUCAGGCAGAAGACGCUCCAUCAUCUCUGGAGAAAUAAACAACUCCUCAUCGAUUUCUUUCAGCCUGUGCAUGUCUCCUUUUGCCACCAUAGUGGCGUAGUCAUUCACGUCCUUGCAGUAUCGGUCGUACGCUGCGCGCAUGAACUCCAGAUGGUGCUUGCCUGGUGUGAGGUGCGGGUUAGCCACGUGGAGCGUACCUCUUUCGCAUAUGAAUCUGCUGCGUAUGGACCAGAUGUUGAGGAUAGAUUCGGUGAACUCCAUGGUGUCGCUUCCCAGCCGUCUGGAUCGGUUCGCGUUCACCGUGGCCUCGCAGUUCAUCUGCAUAUACGGAGAUCCCAGGAGCUGCACGAAGGUUUUGGACAGCGCUGGGUCGAUUAUUUUCGCCUUCAAACGAACGAUAGACUUGCCCGCCAGCUUUGCAGAUCGUUUGUCGGUCGUGUCCUCCUGGACGCGAAAGCCGUCUACUCGAAGAGGCAGCAACCUUGCCUGUGCAACCCGGCGGUCCUUGCGAAAAGCACGAGCUUCUUUCUUGCUCAUUGGUUCGUCUAGAUGCUGCUCAGAGUUGCUUUGUCCAUUAGAUUUAUCGCCACACUGCGCAGAUUUCUCAGCAGAAGAAGAAGCUUUUUCCCCAGUGGUGUCCGCAGCUGGAUCAGUGCUUUCCACUGGCAGGCCGAAGUUCAGAUGUCUAUUGAUCAUCACAACUCGAUCCCGGGCGCACGGGUUGACAACAGAAGAGUAGGUGGGUCGCAAGGUCUCCUGCAAGUUGUACUGCAGGUCAGCGACUUGUGCCUUCGACAUUGUGGAGAUGACUUCUUUCAGUUGUUCAUCCUUUUUGGGUCGUCCUUUGCAUGGUCCUGACUGCAUGAGCGCCACCUUCUCACCCAGAAAAAUCCUCACAUCCUUCUCAUCUGCAUUCGGCUUCACCACUACUUUGUAGAAGUCCGCCACUGUAUCCAGAUCCCAGCGAUUGUUAUCCUUGUCGGAGUUCAACAUGUUGCCGCGAGGAAAGUAAGUUGUCUCUCCAUCCACUGCGUCCGCCCCCUCGAACUCCUGCAUUUGUAUAGCCUUAAAAGAAGCAGGCGCGAGGACGAUGUCUAGUAUGAUGAAGAGCUUCACUUCCUCGGAGAUCCUGUUCUUGAAAGUUGUCACUAGUGUUGGAUGUAGUAGAUUUGUGAUGUUGCAGGCCUGUUGAUCUACCGCUGCAGCAAUGUUGUCACCCCGCUCCAAAUCUUCAUCGAGGCCCACGCCUUCGCCAUCACUCUCCAGGUCGUGGUCUGGUUGAAGAAUGAUGAGAUCUGGCUCUUGUCCCACUGGGACAUUAUCUGCGGCUGUCUCCUUUAGUUGUUUCAGCUUCUUCCGCUGUGCUCUACACCAACGCGCAAGAAGAACAGCACUACUAGGGAUGUACUUGCUUUUAAGUGUUAUUUUUGGUGGCGCUUCUCGCUUGAUGGGAUGAUGAACACGGCUACAGCGCUGCGCCAAAAUGCGAGUGUAGUCCUCUUUUGCACCUGAGUACCGCCCUUGUACCUCUGCUCGCGUGUCUGCGUAGAAUCUCGCUUCUUCUUGUACGACUGCACGAGGACGCGCCAAAGCGUCAUCUCCUUCUCCAGCACUACUAGAAGACGCGUCACAGGCUAUCUCUUGCUGCACUAGUUUCCUGUGGAUCUGCUGUGAUAGCCGUAAGUAUUUAAUCUUCUCUUCGUUAUUUUUCCACUUGCUCAGCUUGUGCGUGCGUUCGAUCUGCCUGCCAUUUUCUGGUAGUGCGGUGUCGUGAAACAAGUCCUUUUUCUUGAGGUCGAUGGCCCUUGGGGCAAUGUACUGCUUCUUCACCUUUUUACUAGGUGCUUCUUCUUCCUUGUCAGACUGGUCUGCGUCGUAAUGAAGUUGAAGCUCGCUGUCUACUUGCGUCUCCGCGUUACGGAAAUCAGACCUGUUCACCGCAACAUCUGCGCCAGCAGUAGAAUUGAGGCUCCCCUUGACCCUCCUGCUCUCGUUCUUGAAGCGGCCAAUUUUCCGCUCACAGUUUUUCUGUGUUCUCUCCCUCCCAAGGAGGAAAUCGACCGCCCUUCGCAAACGGUGUGGCCUCUGCUUGGCAGGCUGUGCUGCGUGCCACUGCUUUAACGAGUGCAACGCCAUGGUUCCAGGGUCGCCGGCGAUGUGCUCAGCCGUCCACUGUUCUAGCCAGGUCGUUGCGCCAGCUGGGUUGGCUUUGUAUUGCCAUAGCCACGCCUCAUGCGCCUCACUCAGCCCAUCCCGGUACCACAAAACCACCCGCGCAUGGAUAAGGGCUAUCUGCGCCACCUGCCUGAGAAAAUGCACCUGGAAAUGAAGAAUAAACAUGCUGGCCAGCUCUGAAAAAAAUAGGCUGCUCCCCCUUCGUCACAAAACUACGACUAUGUACUAGGUUCCCUAUUCCAAGUGACAGGCUGUAGCUUCUUUGAACACCUAACCAAACUACCACUAAGUCACUACUAUUGAGGCAAGGGAUUCCAACUUGAAUAGACCCGCCGCACCCUCCUCCACCCUAUCACCUAAAUACACAGAGAAAAACAAACUACAAAGAGAGAAAUUACNCGCCGGCGAUGUGCUCAGCCGUCCACUGUUCUAGCCAGGUCGUUGCGCCAGCUGGGUUGGCUUUGUAUUGCCAUAGCCACGCCUCAUGCGCCUCACUCAGCCCAUCCCGGUACCACAAAACCACCCGCGCAUGGAUAAGGGCUAUCUGCGCCACCUGCCUGUGAAAAUGCACCUGGAAAUGAAGAAUAAACAUGCUGGCCAGCUCUGAAAAAAAUAGGCUGCUCCCCCUUCGUCACAAAACUACGACUAUGUACUAGGUUCCCUAUUCCAAGUGACAGGCUGUAGCUUCUUUGAACACCUAACCAAACUACCACUAAGUCACUACUAUUGAGGCAAGGGAUUCCAACUUGAAUAGACCCGCCGCACCCUCCUCCACCCUAUCACCUAAAUACACAGAGAAAAACAAACUACAAAGAGAGAAAUUACCAGAGAAAUCUGGGCCGGUGAGAGCGUUAGCGGGUCGCCCCCUAUGGUGCAGAAGAGGAAGAUGAUGUCUUUCAUCACUUGCUCCCCAUGCCAGAGGUAUUUCAUGGCACUCACCCAGAGUUUUGUGAACUCAUCGCGGAGCCUGUCGCGGCGGGAUUUUGCUCGGUCUGUGUUUAGCAUCGUCUUGAUGUAUUCUUCCACUGGCCUGAUGAUUAUGCAGAGAAACCACAACGUCAAGCAAAACACGAACUGGCUGUCCGUCUGGUUCGACCAGUUCAGGGAGAAGGUGUGGUCGAGCACAUGGUCGUUGCCAAACUUGAUGUUGCGCCCCAGACCAAAAAAAACACGGGCCAAAAAGUACGCCAUACAGACGCAGUACCGCGAGCACACACCUAAAACCGUGAGCCACGCACCUCGUCCAGAUCGGCAGCGGCCAUCCCUUGUAGAGUCCAUGAAGUGUGCGCAUCAUGGUCCGCGUGCCCUCGUAGCCUACUACCAGCCUCUGCCGCUCAAUGCGCCCACGAAGCAGCUCCUCCUGCUGCUUUUUACUGACCCCAGCACGUUCCAAGAACUCCCUCAGGCCUUCCUGCGGUUCGGGCUCGCUGUGGUUUGAGCUAAAGCACUGGAUCCAAGCCGCUACACGCUCCAGCUCUGUCUGUACUUUCUGCUGUAGCAAUCGCACUGAAAGCGCAUGGGGUGUGGAUGCUAAUAGGAGAAAAGGCGACCACUCUCCCCAGAAAUUGGUAGGAGAUAGUCCAGAAGAUGAUAAGAGAAAGCCCACAGUUGGGAAUGAGUCUAGUCAAAAAGUAAACAGAUGAAGGAGACCCCUGAAGCCACUACAUCAGAAAACACUUACACACAAAUCAACAGCACUCCCAGGCCAAAGAUGGGCGAAGCGCAUGCGCGUCGUUGGAGUUCAAUGGGAAGCGCUUUGCCCCUGUUCUUGGUCUAGUAAUGUGGUGCAUAUAUAAUACCUGAAGGUAGAGACGCUUCUGCCAUGCUGUUGGAUCUAGUCCAGCCAGUCCCAGAUAGAGUUCCGCGGUUGAUUUGCAUGCCAGAGCACACUGGUGGUUCUUGCAUCGGUCUGGCCAAAAUAUGACCCGCCCAGCUAAUUUCGGUGACUCGAUCAGCAUCGUCCCCAAGUAGAAGAGCAAGUUGAUGGUCGACCCGCCGCUGUCACAAGAAGGGCUCCAGAUCUUGAUCGUGCUGAUGGGGAUAUCUCUGAAGAACUCUUCGGGAUCAUGCUGGGCCCAGAUCUGGUCGGCGAUCUCAUAAGCCUCCGAGUACCCCCUAAAGCAAGACUUCCGGUUUCGUUUUCCUUCGCCAAACUGUGCGAUGUUAGGGUACAGCACUGUGUGCGCUGGUAGGUAGAAGCUCCCCGACUCUUCGAUGCCCGCAAGCUGGAAGUUCACUGUCACCAGGCUAAUGAUCUGAUGCGCGAAGAUGCGAAGUCGGCCGACUACAUCAUUUUGGAAGUGCAGCUGCUGGGUGGUGGUUCCAUCGUUCUCAACGCGAUACUGCACGACGUUGUACUUCGCCUGCCCUACUCUCUUCCGAGCUGCCUCCCAAGCACCAUCGACCAAAAGGCUGCCAAGCCUCCAUAACUGCCGGGGAUGGAGCUGGUUUCGCGUGUUGAAGAACUGCCAUGUGGGAAGCUGGUGAUCUUCUUGGAGCAAGUUCCCACUAGAGGUCGACCCACUUCCUCCACCUUGCAGAGGAUCGACUGCCAUUCCACAUGGAAUGCUGCACAAGCUCCCCAAGCUGAGCAGCAAAAGAAGAAGAGAGAGAUAACGACUGCUGAGGCAUCUGGCCACCCAGAUAGAAAGCGUCGCUUUGUGAGCGCGGGCGCCCACUGUCUGCUGUCUUGUUUGGCGCUGCCGCCGCCCCGCAGGGCCACCCAGCUGGGCAAACAUCUGGCGCACCAUCUUGCUCAACCUUUCAAAUCUUGCAUGGCCUUAAGUAGAAACUUUUUACUUCACCACCGCGAUUGAGGUUAUUUCUACCUAGAUAAGCAUAUGCGACCGGGGGCGUUCGUGUUGGCUGCCAGACUAUCUUAAGCGACCCAUCUUUAACUAAGGCCGUGCUUUACUCAACUACCUAACUCCUACGCAGCCACCUUUUGCCCGAUUUGCCCGCUUUGCUUGCUCGACCUUUUUCUUCUAGUUUCGAGCCUUUUUGCUUCCCUCCUUCUUCAAUGUUCGCGCACGCCCUCUGGCUUGCCUCACUCUCUCACCGAUCUCUCAACCAAAACCCAACCGAACUGCCGCGUGCUUCACCACAUCCAAGACCGGCGAUCUUCUGACCCUCAGAGACUACCGAAGCGACCUAGUGGAGCCAAGAGACUUCAUCACAACACAGCAGAAGCCUCUCCAGGCGAAACUGCUCCCACAAUCCUUCUCUGAUGGUUCGCGCGCUCCUUAUCCAGAUGCGACCACAAGUCCACUAGCUAGUAACUCAGGCGCAUGGACUCACUGGCAGUCAUUAGGAGUCAUCAUAUAAGAAACAGCAGAAAAACCCUCAGCGAUACUGCCUCCCCACCUGCUCAAAGGCUCGCAAGUUCUACAGAAAUCCCAGGGAUUUCCUUGAGACUUCCAAAAGACUUCUCUCAUCCACCCCGGCGAGGUCAACAAGCGCAGGGACAAGGUUGCACCGCUUCCAUCAAGACAGCAAAUGAGCUGCAUCGCUUUGGUGCGGUGUUGCGGACGUUGUUGGCGCUGCGGAUUGGUUUGCUGGCGGAAAGGAGGAAGUCGGAGAUGUACGAGCUUGAGUGGUCGUGUGUGGAUGCCAAGGAGGAUGGGUCGCUAAGCCUCAACAUCGUCAAAGCAAAAGCAGACAGAUUGGCGAGAGGCACCACCGCGAUCGUCCCUUCACCGAGAUAUUUACUACCGUCUCCAAAAGCGAUUGCGGGCGCGUUGCAGCAACUUCACCACUUUCUCGUCAACGAAAAAGCGUGGAGCAUGCCAAGAGUCACUACGUGCGACGACGCUGAUAAUAUAGACUUGGUAAAAGGGAAGCAGGUGGACCGCGAGAAAGACUACGUGUUCGUGACAUACGACGCGCCGCGGGCACGUUUGAACAAGAUAUCAUCCAUCGGCUUCAGUAGUUAUUUGAUGCAACAAAUAAAAGAAGCUGAGACUGUACUUCUGGAAAAGAACAAAAGCGGCACGCCGAGGGUGGUCGGAUUGAGAGCGUCAGGAAUGUCCUUGCACUCCCAAUUCAAUCGCGGCGUCGCUUUGAAAUUAGGGGGACUGAGCAACAAGACGACGACUUUGGAAAAGUUCUACGCAGCUCUGCAACCGGAACAAUUAACGUUGGCUUCGACGUCCAUCCUCGAAAACAUGGAACAGGUACGCAGACUGGACGUCAUUGCAGGAGGACUUACGGAAUCAAUGUCGGAAGAGGAGAAUUUAGCAGCCUUUGCAUCAGCAAGGCCAAGGGUGCGAGUUGACGUCUUACUGAAAGACAAAGAUGUGGGGAAGGUAGCGCACCUGUUGGGAGUGAAGACUAGAAAGUGGCUCGUCAAGAACCAAUGGAAAAAAUGGGGGCAACAAUUGAAGCAGCCGAAGUGCGCUUCGUUAGUUUUUGACUCAUCGCAAUUAGACAGCGUUAUUGACGACAUGAUCCCCAGCAAGAGGUAAGGGCUUUUUGUGAGAGACGUUUCUUCCGUGAUGCCUUGAAAUUAACUCCGCCUUAACGGGCCCGGAGUCGAAAUUAGAUGCAUAAAC